GAGUUGCCGCCGAGAUCGGACACCGGAGAGCAGGCGUCUUCUGUCACGUAAAGUAAGGCCGAUCUCCGGCCACCCGGCGAGGCGGAUGACAACAGCGUCCUUGUAGGCAGGCUGGCUGGAGUGUCGGGCUUCAGGAGACGCGGAGGGGAACCGGAGUAGAGAUAUAUAAGCUCUUUGAAAGCAGAACACUGUUGUUUCCAUGUUCUGAUCAUUCAGAGAUUAUGAAGGCACAGUUCCUGCCUUUGAUUUGCUUACUGUCAAGCGGAGUAGACACAGGUCAUGGUGGCAGUAUAGCCACUUAAGUAUUCUGAAGGAGAUUUAUCAGCAGGUUGCAGGUGAACAUGGCCUUGAGCCAGGUGGGUCUCCUGGUUCCUCCAGUACAGGAAGCUCACGCCUGCCCAGGGGCCAGGUGCUGCCUCCAUCCACUGUCUCAGGCCUCAACCCUUCCCAUGCAUCAGGUCUCAGUUCAGACGUCUACUCUUCCAAAUGUGUACACAGGUGGAAAAGGUGAGGCAAGAGUGAUCAUUCCGGGCUCCAGACGAGGUUGCGACAUUGAUUGAUUCGGAGCGGCGACCUUCUGACCUUUUCAUUGGUUGUCGCGAACCCUCCCUUCUAUCACCCAACCAAUCCCGGAAGCGUGCUGGAAGCCUCACAGGCCGCGGGCAGCCAAUCAAAAGUGCCGAGGGUUGCGGCAGCUGGGGUGCUGACGCCGAUUUCAGUUCAGCGAAAAAUGACGCGGUCCGGACAGUCCAGUGGCUGGGGGUGCAGGGAGACCAGGCUCCGGCGAGCCGAGCUCUCCGGGCGCUGACCGCCGGCGGUCAUGGAGGACGAGCAACCCGACAGCUUGGAGGGCUGGGUGCCGGUCCGCGAGGACCUCUUCGCCGAGCCCGAGCGGCACCAGCUGCGCUUCCUCGUGGCCUGGAACGACGUGGAGGGCAAGUUCGCUGUGACUUGUCACGACCGCACGGCGCAGCGGCGGCGGCGUAAGGGGAGCCAGCCCGGGCCCGAGCUGGUGUCCGAGCCCGUGUCUGAGGCCGCCGCGCCCCCGCCCAGCUGGGCAGGCCUGCUCUCGGCCGCCGGGCUCCGCGGCGCGCACCAGCAGUUGGCGGCGCUGUGGCCGCCGCUGGAGCGCUGCUUCCCGCGGCUGCCGCCGGAACUGGACGCGGGCGGUGGCGGGGCCUGGGGCCUGGGGCUCGGGCUGUGGACGCUGGUAUGGCCGGCGCGCACGGACCUCGGCGAGGCGGCGCUGCAGGAGCUGUGCGGGCAGCUGGAGCGCUACCUGGGCCAGGCGGCCGACGCCUGCGGCGGCGCCGCGGUGCGCGACGCGCUCUUCCCCGCCGAGGGAUGCGCGGCCGACUGCGAGAGCCUGCGCGAGUUCCGGGAGCGGGUCCUGCGCGCGCGGCGGGACGAGGCGGGGGCGCGGCUGCGCCAGGUACGCGCCCGCCGGGCCGUCGCCCGGUCCUUCUGCCUCUCGGUUGAGCCUCGGGCCCUUUUCCAGGUGCUUCAAGGGCAUGAAAAAGCCAACACCAUGGUAGCAUUAAUGAAAGUGUAUCGAGAGGAAGAUGAAGCAUACCAGGAAUUAGUUACUGCUGCAACCAUGUUCUUCCAGUAUUUACUGCAGCCAUUCAGGGAUAUGCGAGAACUUGCAACUUCAUGUAAGCUUGCUAUUUUGAAGUCCUUGGAUGAGGAUGGUCUGGGUCCUAAAAGGAUAGUUGCCCUGCAGAAGGAAGCCCAAGAAUGGACCAGACGGGCUGAAGAAGCUAUAGUCUCGAUUCAAGAUAUUACAGUGAAUUAUUUUGAAAAAACAGUAGAAGCAUUAGCAGGAAUGCAGAAACAAAUGGCACAGGAUGAGAAGAGAUUUGGCCAGGCUGCCUGGGCCACAGCAACUCCCAGGUUAGAAAAACUCAAGCUGAUGUUAGCUCGGGAGACUCUGCAACUCAUGAGAGCCAAAGAGUUGUGUUUCAGUCAUAAAAGAGCUGAAAUUCAGGGAAAGAUAGAAGAUCUUCCAGAACAAGAAAAAAAAAUAAAUGUUGUAGACGAAUUAGAAAUACAAUAUUAUGAAGUUCAGUUAGAACUAUACGAGGUUAAAUUUGAGAUAUUAAAAUAUGAAGAAAUACUGCUUGUUACACAGUUGGACUCUAUUAAAAGACUUAUAAAAGAUAAACAGGAUGAAGUUAUCUAUUAUGAUCCAUGUGAAAAUCCAGAGGAACUUAAAGUCAUGGAUCAUGUAAUGGGGCUGCAGGAUGAUAAGAAUCUGGAGGUGAAGGAACUCAGCCGGCAGUGCCAGCAGCUGGAAUCUAAACGGGGCAGGAUCUGUGCCAGAAGAGCCCGUCUCAGGAACAGAAAGGAUCAAUGCAAAGAAAAUCAUCGACUCAGAUUGCAGCAGGCUGAAGAAAGCAUAAAAUAUUUUCAUCAGCAUCAUAGCGUUCAGAGGAAAAGAGACCAGAAAAAAGAGGAGGAGCAAAAGAAAAAAGAAUGGAUAAACCAAGAGCGCCAAAAAACACUCCAACGAUUGAGAGCAUUUAAAGAGAGAUGUCCAGGUCGCUCUGUCCUAAAGAGCUCUCGCUCGCACCCUGUGGCUGCACACCUGCCGAGUGGACCUCCCCGGCAGACGUCCCCACCGACUUCUCAGAUGACGGCGGUGAUCCAUCCGUCCUCUAGGAAAACCAGAAGCGCUCCCUUAGCCGAAGUUAGUAACGUGAGAACCCCUGAGCAUGAAGACUGUGCUAGAAACAUCCCUGUUCAGACUUUUGUUCCAGUUGGUGCCCAUACACACUGCAGAUCAAGUGAGGAGUUGUCACUGCCGCCACCUCCGCCACCGCCACCGCCACCGCCACCACCACCACCACCGCCCCUCCCUGCUCCGCCCUUUUCUUCUCAAUCUGCAAAUCAUCGGAAUUUACACUUCAGGACUUCAGCGAAAGAUGAUCAGCCGCUUCCUCUAGUGUGCGAAUCGCCCGCUGAGAGCCCGUGUGGUUCCUCAGACAGUCUUAGCUGCCCAGGGUCGAUGGAUGAAGUGCUGGCCUCCUUAAGGCACGACAGGGCCCCUCUCCAGAAGGUGCAAGCGCCCACUUUGUCCCCUCCCCGUGCCUCGGUCAAUGAGCACAUUCUGGCUGCCAUAAGGCAAGGGGUCAAACUGAAGAAAGUUCACCCUGACCCUGGCCCGAGCCCCAGCAAUAAACCCACCAGCGACCUGGAGAGGAGCAUCAAGGCGGCGCUCCAGAGAAUUAAGAGAGUAUCUGCUGACUCGGAGGAGGACGAUCAUGAUGAGCAGAACCCCGGCGAGUGGGACCGUUAGCCUCUUCGCCAAGGCCCACGGCUCGUUCUGGAAAAGCAUGUGCAUGGGGUGCUGGUAGACUGGCCACAUAACACCCCGAAAGAUCAGCAGGGCUGGGUGUGUGACGUUGCAGCUUUAUUUAACGCUGCAGCUCUUAAAGUCAGGGAAGGAAGGAGAGACGUGGUGCCUUUCACGCAUCUAAGAACGCACGGUGAGCACUGCUGGCAUAAGAAAAUGGUAGUUAUUGUUCACCACGGAUAAUCUAGAAUCAUUCCCUUAUUCUGAAAAACGUUUACACUGCUAUGGUAAACAGCACUACUGACCGUUCCUCCCGAGUGUGUGUAGUGGUUUCCUGGGAUUGAAAGGUUUGAAUGUGAACAUUAUCUUAACAAUAAUCCGAAUAAGUUGCUUAUAAGCAGGAAUUAUUUUAAAUAUUUUAAAGGAAAUGUAUUUCAUGUAUCAGGCAGUAUAUAAACUCAUAAUAAAGAACUAUUUAUAAUGCA